AUGCAAGAAGUUAAUGUUAAUAUCAAUGUUGAUCAAUACGUUCAAAUGAAACUUGCACUAGAAAAAAGUGAACAAAUGGAAAAUGAAAAAAAAGAAUUAAAAACAAAAAUUGAAUGUCUAAGUGAAGAAAAUUUGCAGUACGUCAAAGAAAUAGAAAAUUUAAGAAAACAACUUAAUGAAGAAAAAAUAAAUAAAGAGGUUAGUAAGAUUGAACUUGCUAAAAUGCAAGGAGUUAUUUAUAAACUAGAAGGAGAAAAAAGUAUUUUAAUAUACCAAGUGGAUAGUUUAAAAAAUGACAUUUCAUCUUUACAAUUUAAAUUAAAUUAUUUGUUACAAAACAAAAAAGAAGAAGGAAUUGUUUUUCCAUUAAGACAUGAAACUUUAUCCUCUGGUUUAACUAUUAGUUCUAUUUUACCACCAGAAUUAUCUGUAAUGUAA